AUGGCGUCAUGGACGCUCAGGAAAGCAGCUCUGGGGCUUUCGCCAUUUUCUCGUAUGGCCUGGAAGACCAUGGGGAUCACCGAGGCGGGCAAAUCCGGGCAAGCAGAGAGGGCCCUCAAGCUGUUCGACUCAAUGCCUGAGAAGAACCAGGUGGCAUGGAACGCCGCGCUCGCAGCGCUCGUAGACGCCGGCCGCACUGAGUGGGCGCUCACCUUCUUCCAUGAGAUGCCCAAGAAGAACGCCACCUCGUACACCACCAUGAUCGGGGGGCUCUCCAGUGCCGGGGCGGUCUCCAGGGCACGAAGUCUCUUCGAUGAGUUGUCACUCGAUCGGCAAAAUGUGUUCACCUGGACAGCCAUGCUAUCGUGCUAUGUCCGGAAUGGUGAGCCCAGCAGAGCUGUCGAGCUUUUCGCAGUGCUCUACGGUGAGCUAUUUGUACACAAGGUUUUACCCAAUGCCCACUCUUUCAGCUCAUUGCUCAAGGCCUGUGUUGUUCUCCAGACGCCCUCCAUGGCAUUGCAGCUCCAGUCGUUCACCGUCAAGCUCUUGGAUGAGGGGAACAAAGAUUGCAUCUUUGCUUGGAAUGCUUUGAUCGACGUGCAUGCGAAAAUGGGUGCCCUGUCGGAUGCUGAGAAGGUGUUCCACGGGAUGCGGUACAAGGACAUCUGUUCAUGGAACAUCAUGAUGAAUGGGUACGCACGGCAUAAGCUCGGUUAUAAUGCUCUUGAACUCUUUAAAGGGAUGACGAACAAGGAUGCCUUCUCAUGGAACAUCAUAAUAUCCUGCUUGUGGGAAAACCGCCAUGGAGAAGAUGCCCUCCGCCUCUUCAUCGAUCUGGUGAGAUUAGAAGGCCACCACAAUGGCAGAGUCAAGUCAUGUGUAUCAACAUACACAACCGUUCUACACAUCUGCUCGGUGCUGGCAUUGCUCACAUUUGGGAAGCAAGUCCAUGCGCGUACUGUCAAGAACAGUUUCUGUAGCACCAGCGUCUUUGUCUGCAAUUCUCUGAUGAGCAUGUACAGCAGUUGUGGCCUGACACUGGAUCUGCAGCAGGUGUUCGAUGAAACAACAGUAAGAGACACCAUAUCAUGGAAUUCUGUGAUACAGGGGCUUGGCCAGAAUGGUCUAGGCAAGCAAGCCCUGUUGGUCGCAGAGCGUGCACUUGACCUGAAAAUGUACAAUGGCAACACCUUUAUCGCGAUACUGACGUCCUGCAGCCAUGCCGGGUUGGUCACCGAGGGGCUGUGCUACUUCAACACUAUGACUGAAAAGUAUGGAGUGAAACGUACGCUUGACCACUACAUCAGCGCCAUCAAUCUGCUCGGCCGGGCAGGGAGACUGGAAGAGGCACAUAUCUUGCUUCAGAACAUGCCGUUCGCACCAACUGCAUUGUCAUGGUCCACCCUUUUGCAUUCUUGUUUGGCUCAUAAGGACAGCCUGGUGGGGAGUAUUGCCGCACAGGAACUGAAAGCCUUGCAGCCUGAUGGCGGAGCAAAUUACAAGAGAUUGGUGCUUGGUUGCAGGGGAGGUGGCGAGGUUAAUGAAAUACCGUUUGGUGUGACAGAGAACAUGAAGACUGUCGCUCACAAGCCUGGAUGCAGCUGGGUCACCUGA